AUGUGGUCUAAAUCUUUCCACAUAUCAGAAAUAUCAACAACAUUUAAAUCGGAAAAAUCCUUGCCGACCUAAGAAUUUUACUCAAGCUCCAAUAGGAAAUCUAGCUACAGCCCCUGUUCUAGUGCAAAAUAUUACUCCAACACAAAAUCCAGCACCAUCUCCAGAGGGCGAUCUUAUUUCGUUCGAUGAAAACCCACAGACACUCCAGCCGAGAGAGCAAAGUGUACCAGCAGUCGACCUCGGAAUAGGAUCUAGUUUAGCUAAUAAAACUAUCUUAAUUUAUAAAAAUAUAUCAAAUGGAUUUGAAUUUUAUAACGGAAAAAGAAAAUGGUAUGGUGUUAAAGAAGAUUUUCGUGCAUUAUCUAAUAAGUACUAUUUUAUUAAAACAGAUUUAAAAGAAACAGUUAUAGAAGUAUAUAAAAGAUUUAUCAAAGAAUCAGAAGCUAUAGCAGAAAAGACAAAAGGUCAAGUCGAUAUGCAAAAAUCAGGAUGUUAUACAUUAACAAGUUUAAAACUUUUUAGAGAAACUACUUUAGUACCCAAAAGAAGUGAAAAAGUAGAUGAAAAAGAAAACACUUGGUUAAAUUUAGCAACAACAGGUGCUUUAGUAUUUGCUGAAAGAUAUGAAGGAGAGGCUAUUCAGUAUGAUAUAAACUCGAUGUAUGUAUUUGAAAUGUUAAAGAAAGAGGUGUCAUGGCCGAUUGCAUCAGGAAUUUAUACGCAUUAUGAUUUAGAAUGUGCUAAGGAAAACGGGUUAAAA